AUGUCAAAACUACAAGGGAACGGUGUACCCCAAUGCAGUAGUCCAGGAGCAUCUAGCAUCGAAAGUGGAUUAAAGGCACUGAGAAGAAGGAACAAAGCGGUCAAAGAAGAUUCUAAAGCUGCAGGACCAGUAGCACAUCGAAUUAUCUUGGGCCAAAGCUCUGAAUUGCCCAUCCGAGCCCGUUUUGCACCAUCACCAACAGGAUAUUUGCAUUUGGGCUCUCUAAGAACGGCCCUCUUCAACAAUUUAGCUGCCAAGGCGUCAAAUGGCGGUGCGUUCGUUCUACGCAUCGAGGAUACUGAUCAGAAGCGUCUGGUAGAUGAUGCGGAGGAGCGUUUGAUCAAAGAUCUCAGAUGGGCAGGUCUAUGUUGGGAUGAAGGUCCUGACUGCGGCGGUCCGUUUGGACCAUAUAAACAAUCGGAAAGACUUGAUAUCUACAAGGCUCACGUCCAAACUCUGCUUGAGCAUGGCCACGCUUACCGUUGCUUCUGCAGCCCAGAACAACUCGAGCUGCAAAAGCGAGAACUCCACAAAGCUGGGAAGUCUACCGCAUAUCCUGGGACAUGUCGCUCUAUUCCACAUACCGAAUCAGAAAGACGAGCUCGCGACGGAGAUCCUCAUGUAGUUCGUUUCAAAGGCGAUGGCUUUGGCCGACCCAAGUUCCGCGAUGCUAUCUAUGGGUUAUUUCAGAAGCAGGACCCGGAAGAAGAUUUUGUGUUGUUCAAGUCCGACGGAUUUCCUACCUAUCAUCUUGCAAAUGUUGUUGACGAUCAUUUAAUGAACAUAACUCAUGUCAUUCGAGGAGAAGAAUGGUUGAUAUCGACACCCAAGCAUCUGGCACUGUAUAUGGCCUUUGGGUGGGAGCCUCCUACCUUCGCCCAUCUCGGGCUGCUAGUCAACCCCGAUGGCAGCAAACUUAGCAAGCGCAAUGAUAGCGUCAAUCUCUCCACAUAUCAUGACAAAGGUGUUUUCCCAAUGGCUCUACUAUCAUGGCUGGCUAACUUGGGCUCCUCCUUUAAACCCAACGUCAAGCCGCCUCGAACCAUUUCAGAUAUUGCCGAUGCUUUGACUUUCAAGUUCACUCGAGGUGGCAUAAAGCUCAAUAUGGAGAAACUGGACCACUUUGACAGUAAAUAUCGGGACGCCAUAUUGUGGGACCCUAUAUCUGACCUGUCAGAAACGGAAACUAGUCUCAUUAGCGACUACAUUACCCAGCGCAUGCUGCAGGAGAUCGACUCGGUCACCAAGAAAGCUGCGGCGUUUGAAUUGCUGCCCCGAGAAUGGCGUAGGACACUAACUCCCGUACCCGCCUUGGCCCGCCAGGAGAAUAGAGCAACUUACGUUUACAACAUUUUUGCGACCAAAAAGGGAGGGUUCCUGUCCGCCGAGGCACUUGUACGACAACACCCCUAUCUCCUCUGGCGGGUCCCCGAAACUGUAUAUAAACAAUCGCUCGCAUCGAUCAACCCAGAUGAACGAAUUUUACUAGCGCUUAGCUCUGCGAUCGACGACAAAAAGCUCUGGGCUAGCCAAGGUGCUGAGGUGAUGGACGCCAUUUGGACAGCGCUUGAGGGACAAGGCAUCGACAAUAUUACGGUGCACAAUACGUUGAGGCUCGUGAGUGCUGGUGGCCACGACGUCGUGUCUCAAAGCAGCUCCCGGAUGUUUAUGCUUCUUGGGAGAGAUGAGUGGCGCUUCCGUCUCAACACUGUACAGAGAUUGCUGAACCACGCCUGA